UCGAAUGAUCUGCAACUGGUAACCCUAUCGAAACGCACGAGGAAUCCAAAAGUGUAAAUAAAGCAGUUUUUUGAAGCAAUCAGAGCGAAUCAGUAGUUUAAAAUAAUUUCAAAAUGAGUUUGGAUGCCGCGGAAUUUACGGAACACCCGCUCAAAUUCGACCCCUCAGACAGCGCCUUCCACCGGAUACUCGUAAAAGAAAAUGAAUCCCGCACGAUCAACCGGCUGAAACCCGCUGGCCGGACGCUCUUUGUGCUGAACGUCCCCCCGUACGCCACGGCCGCAUCCCUAGCGCAGGCCUUCAGUGCCGCCGGUCCCGUAGCCAGCGUCCUGCUGCAGGAGAAACCCUCGGAAGAACCGGAAAAGGAAGACGCCGGGCACAAGUUCAAGGUGGCUUACGUGGUCUUUGAGAAGGCGUCGUCGGCGCGGAAAGUGUUGGACAAAAAGUGCUCGCUGAGGGCGUUGAACGGGGAUGGGCAGUUGGUGACCGGGAUGGACAAGUGGCGGCGGGAGUUCGAGCAGGACGUGCCGAAUCCGGUGGAGUUGCAGCGCGAGAUUGAUGAGUACAUGGCCGGGUAUGAUCGAGAGGUGCAGAAGCAAAAGAAGGUGGAGGAGGAGGGCGGCGAGGCGGAUGACGAGGGUUGGGUUACGGUGACGAAGGCCAGCGUGAACACGUUUACCCAGCGGGAGGCCACGAUCAGCAAGAUGGAGGAGAAGAUGAGCAAGGACCGGCGGCAGAAGGAGUUGAAGAACUUUUACACGUUCCAGAUUCGCGAGUCGAAGAAGAACGACAUUGUCAGUUUGAGGAAAAAGUACGAUCGGGAUCUGCAGAAGAUGGAGCAGAUCAAGAAGACGAAGCGGUUUAAGCCGUACUGAGGACGGGAAAGGCAAGGGUUUGUUCGGCGUCAAUAAAGAAGCUGCUUGCGAUAAACUGUUAAUGUAUACUUUACA